CCCGACCGGGCGAGCAUGGGCGGCGCGGAGUGACGCCGCCGUGCCCGCUUGGCAUCAAGGACAUUCAGCCCGCGGGGGUGGGGACGAAGGGGGGCAGCCCCGCGUCGCCACCGCAGCCCCCGAAAGCCGCCGCCGCCGCCGCUCGGGCUCCGGGCUAGGUGGAGCAGAGGGGUGCUUGGAAUCGAUCCACAUUUUCCGACCUUUUUGUUGGACAUUCCGUCCACCUUGGACGCCGCGAGAGGAGCUGUCAAGCCCCGCAGGCUGUGAUUUCGCCCUCGGUUUGCCUUGCCUCCUCCCGGUUCCCUGUGCCUCGGUGGAGUAUUUGCGUUCGGGGCUGGGGCUGGAGGAGGCAGCCACACGCGCGCACACGCACACGCUCAGAGGAGGACGAGAGGCAGCGGCACAGGCACCAUCUGCAGUGUCAAUGCGGCGCUCCGGCUGAAGGAGGCAAAAGCGGCGCUGCCAGGUGCUGGGAGACUGAGAGGGACGACCGGAUUGCAUUUCCCAGAACAUCCCGAAGACCAGUGCCUCCAUGGAAAAAGCAUCCGUGGCCAAGGAGCCUCUACUGCUGAGCCCUGGCCCUCCGAGGGAACCCUCGUGCCGAGUGCUGCCGUGCCGCGAGGACCUGUUUCUGAAAUGAAAGCCAUGCCUUGGAACUGGACUUGCUUUCUCUCCCAUCUCCUGAUGGUAGGGAUGGGCUCCUCCACUCUGCUCCCCCGGCAGCCAUCCCCACCGUCCCCAAAGCGGUCUUUUGUCACGUUCCGUGGGGAGCCAGCCGAGGGUUUCAACCACUUGGUGGUGGAUGAGAGGACAGGGCACAUUUACUUGGGGGCCGUCAACCGGAUCUACAAGCUCUCCAGUGACCUGAAGGUCUUGGUGACCCACCAGACAGGGCCAGACGAGGACAACCCCAAGUGUUACCCACCACGCAUCGUCCAGACAUGCAACGAGCCCCUGACCACCACCAACAAUGUCAACAAGAUGCUCCUGAUAGACUACAAAGAGAACAGGCUCAUUGCCUGUGGGAGCCUGUACCAAGGCAUCUGCAAGCUUCUCAGGCUUGAGGAUCUCUUCAAGCUGGGCGAGCCUUUCCACAAGAAGGAACACUACCUGUCGGGAGUCAACGAGAGCGGCUCCGUCUUUGGAGUGAUCGUCUCCUACAGCAACUUGGACGACAAGCUCUUCAUCGCCACUGCAGUGGAUGGGAAGCCGGAGUACUUCCCUACCAUCUCCAGCCGGAAGCUGACCAAGAACUCCGAGGCAGACAGCAUGUUUGCUUAUGUCUUCCAUGAUGAGUUUGUGGCCUCGAUGAUUAAGAUUCCUUCGGACACCUUCACCGUCAUCCCCGACUUUGACAUCUACUAUGUCUAUGGCUUCAGUAGCGGCAAUUUUGUCUACUUUUUGACCCUUCAGCCUGAGAUGGUGUCUCCGCCAGGCUCCACCACAAAGGAACAGGUCUAUACCUCCAAGCUCGUGAGGCUCUGCAAGGAGGACACGGCCUUCAACUCCUAUGUGGAGGUGCCCAUUGGCUGUGAGCGCAGCGGGGUCGAGUACCGCCUGUUGCAGGCCGCCUACCUGUCGAAAGCUGGUGCUGUGCUCGCCCGGACCCUUGGAGUUCGUCCAGAGGAUGACCUCCUUUUCACUGUCUUCUCCAAGGGCCAAAAGCGGAAAAUGAAAUCCCUGGAUGAGUCGGCCCUGUGCAUCUUCAUCUUGAAGCAGAUCAACGAUCGCAUUAAGGAGCGACUGCAGUCCUGCUAUCGGGGGGAGGGUACGCUGGACCUAGCCUGGCUCAAGGUGAAGGAUAUUCCCUGCAGCAGCGCGCUCUUAACCAUCGAUGAUAAUUUCUGUGGCCUGGAUAUGAAUGCCCCCCUGGGCGUGUCCGAGAUGGUGCGCGGCAUUCCCGUCUUCACAGAGGACAGGGAUCGCAUGACUUCUGUCAUCGCAUACGUCUACAAGAAUCACUCUCUGGCCUUCGUGGGCACCAAAAGUGGCAAGCUGAAGAAGAUCCGGGUGGAUGGGCCCAGGGGCAAUGCCCUCCAGUAUGAGACGGUGCAGGUGGUAGAGCCUGGCCCAGUCCUCCGGGAUAUGGCCUUCUCCAAGGACCACGAGCAACUCUACAUCAUGUCAGAAAGGCAGCUCACCAGAGUCCCCGUGGAGUCCUGCGGUCAGUAUCAGAGCUGCAGCGAGUGCCUUGGCUCCGGCGACCCCCACUGCGGCUGGUGUGUGCUCCACAACACGUGCACCCGGAAGGAGCGCUGUGAGCGGUCCAGAGAGCCCCGCAGGUUUGCCUCUGAGAUGAAGCAAUGCGUCCGGCUGACUGUCCAUCCCAGCAACAUCUCUGUUUCCCAGUACAAUGUCUUGCUGGUCCUAGAGACAUACAAUGUCCCGGAGCUGUCAGCCGGCGUCAACUGCACCUUUGAGGACCUGUCAGAGAUGGAUGGGCUGGUGGUAGGCAAUCAGAUCCAGUGCUACUCCCCAGCAGCCAAGGAGGUGCCCCAGAUAAUCACCGAGAAUGGGGACCACCAUGUCGUCCAGCUGCAGCUCAAGUCGAAGGAGACAGGCAUGACCUUUGCCAGCACCAGCUUUGUCUUUUACAACUGCAGUGUCCACAAUUCGUGCCUGUCCUGCGUUGAGAGCCCAUACCGAUGCCACUGGUGCAAAUACCGGCACGUCUGUACCCAUGACCCCAAGUCUUGCUCCUUCCAGGAAGGCCGAGUGAAGCUGCCCGAGGACUGCCCCCAGCUGCUGCGAGUGGACAAGAUCCUGGUACCCGUGGAGGUGAUCAAGCCCAUCACCCUGAAGGCCAAGAACCUCCCCCAGCCGCAGUCCGGGCAGCGCGGGUACGAAUGCAUUCUCAGCAUCCAGGGCACGGAGCAGAGGGUGCCUGCCCUGCGCUUCAACAGCUCCAGCGUGCAAUGCCAGAACACCUCUUAUUCGUAUGAAGGGAUGGAGAUCAACAAUCUGCCGGUGCAGUUGACGGUUGUGUGGAACGGGCAUUUCAACAUUGACAACCCAGCUCGGAACAAAGUUCACCUCUAUAAGUGCGGAGCCAUGCGGGAGAGCUGUGGGCUGUGCCUCAAGGCGGACCCGGACUUCCAGUGUGGCUGGUGCCAGGGCCAGGGCCAGUGUACCCUGCGGCAGCACUGCCCCGUGCAUGAGAGCCAGUGGCUGGAGCUGUCAGGCGCCAACAGCAGGUGCACCAACCCCCGCAUCACAGAGAUAAUCCCAGUGACAGGUCCCCGGGAAGGGGGCACCAAGGUCACCAUCCGAGGGGAGAACCUGGGCCUGGAAUUCCGGGACAUCGCCUCCUACGUCAAGGUGGCCGGUGUGGAGUGCAGCCCUUUGGUGGAUGGCUACAUCCCUGCAGAACAGAUCGUGUGCGAGAUGGGGGAGGCCAAGCCCAGCCAGCACGCAGGCUUUGUGGAGAUCUGUGUGGCCGUCUGUCGGCCCGAGUUCAUGGCCCGGUCCUCACAACUCUAUUACUUCAUGACGCUGACUCUCUCGGACCUGAAGCCCAGGCGGGGGCCCAUGUCCGGGGGCACCCAAGUGACCAUCACGGGCACCAACCUGAACGCAGGCAGCAACGUGGUGGUGAUGUUUGGGAAGCAGCCCUGCCUCUUCCACAGACGCUCUCCGUCCUACAUCGUCUGCAACACCACAUCCUCAGAUGAGGUGCUGGAAAUGAAGGUGAUGGUGCAAGUGGACAAGGCCAGUAUCCACCAGGACCUGUUCUUCCAGUACAUGGAGGACCCCACCAUCGUGCGCAUCGAGCCAGAGUGGAGCAUAGUCAGUGGAAACACACCCAUCGCCGUGUGGGGGACUCACCUGGACCUCAUACAGAAUCCCCAGAUCCGUGCCAAGCAUGGAGGGAAGGAGCACAUCAAUCUCUGUGAGGUUCUGAAUGCUACUGAGAUGACCUGCCAGGCUCCGGCUCUCGCUCUGGGGCCCGACCACCAGUCUGACCUGACCGAGAGGCCCGAGGAGUUUGGCUUCAUCCUGGACAACGUCCAGUCCCUGCUAAUCCUCAACAAGACCAACUUCACCUAUUAUCCCAACCCUGUGUUUGAGGCCUUUGGGCCCUCAGGAAUCCUGGAGCUCAAGCCUGGCACUCCCAUCAUCCUGAAGGGCAAGAACCUGAUCCCCCCCGUAGCCGGGGGCAAUGUGAAGCUGAACUACACUGUGCUGGUGGGGGAGAAACCAUGCACUGUGACGGUGUCCGAUGUGCAGCUGCUCUGCGAGUCCCCCAACCUCAUCGGCAGGCACAAAGUGAUGGCUCGCGUCGGUGGCAUGGAGUACUCCCCGGGGAUGGUGUACGUCGCCCCAGACAGCCCGCUCAGCCUGCCUGCCAUCGUCAGCAUCGCCGUGGCCGGCGGCCUCCUGGUCAUCUUCAUUGUCGCCGUCCUCAUCGCCUACAAACGCAAGUCCCGCGAAAGUGACCUCACGCUGAAGCGGCUGCAGAUGCAAAUGGACAACCUGGAGUCACGCGUGGCGCUCGAGUGCAAAGAAGCUUUUGCCGAGCUGCAGACGGACAUCCACGAGCUGACCAGUGACCUGGAUGGAGCUGGGAUCCCCUUCCUGGACUACAGAACCUACACCAUGCGAGUGCUGUUCCCUGGAAUUGAAGACCACCCAGUGCUCCGGGACCUCGAGGUUCCGGGCUACCGGCAGGAGCGCGUGGAGAAGGGCCUGAAGCUCUUUGCCCAGCUCAUCAACAACAAGGUGUUCCUGCUGUCCUUCAUCCGCACCCUGGAGUCUCAACGCAGCUUCUCCAUGCGCGACCGUGGCAACGUGGCCUCGCUCAUCAUGACCGUGCUGCAGAGCAAACUGGAGUACGCCACCGACGUGCUGAAGCAGCUGCUGGCCGACCUCAUCGACAAGAACCUAGAGAGCAAGAACCACCCCAAGCUGCUGCUCAGGAGGACUGAGUCAGUGGCCGAGAAGAUGCUGACCAACUGGUUCACCUUCCUGCUCUACAAGUUCCUCAAGGAGUGUGCUGGGGAGCCCCUGUUCUCGCUCUUCUGUGCCAUCAAGCAGCAGAUGGAGAAGGGGCCCAUCGACGCCAUCACAGGAGAGGCCCGUUACUCUCUGAGCGAGGACAAGCUCAUCCGCCAGCAGAUCGACUACAAAACCCUGGUCCUGAGCUGUGUCAACCCAGACAAUGCCAACAGCCCCGAGGUCCCAGUGAAGAUCCUCAACUGCGACACCAUUACUCAGGUCAAGGAGAAGAUUCUGGACGCCAUCUUUAAGAAUGUUCCCUGCUCCCACCGGCCCAAGGCUGCAGAUAUGGACCUGGAGUGGCGACAAGGAAGCGGGGCGAGGAUGAUCUUGCAGGAUGAAGACAUCACCACCAAAAUUGAGAAUGACUGGAAGAGACUGAACACCCUGGCCCAUUACCAGGUGCCAGAUGGUUCUGUGGUGGCUUUGGUGUCCAAGCAGGUGACAGCCUACAAUGCAGUGAACAACUCCACAGUCUCCAGGACCUCGGCGAGUAAAUAUGAAAACAUGAUCCGGUACACGGGCAGCCCCGACAGCCUCCGCUCGCGCACACCCAUGAUCACCCCCGACCUGGAGAGCGGAGUCAAGAUGUGGCAUCUGGUCAAGAACCACGAGCACGGGGACCAGAAGGAGGGUGACCGGGGGAGCAAGAUGGUGUCUGAGAUCUAUCUGACACGUCUCCUGGCCACGAAGGGCACCCUGCAGAAGUUUGUGGACGACCUCUUCGAGACCAUCUUCAGCACGGCACACCGGGGCUCCGCCCUGCCCCUGGCCAUCAAGUACAUGUUCGACUUCCUGGACGAGCAGGCGGACAAGCACGGCAUUCACGACCCCCACGUCCGCCACACCUGGAAGAGCAACUGCCUGCCCCUGCGGUUUUGGGUCAACAUGAUCAAGAACCCCCAGUUUGUGUUUGACAUCCAUAAGAACAGCAUCACGGACGCCUGCCUGUCCGUGGUGGCCCAGACCUUCAUGGACUCCUGCUCCACAUCAGAGCACCGGCUGGGCAAGGACUCCCCCUCCAACAAGCUGCUCUAUGCCAAGGACAUCCCCAGCUACAAGAACUGGGUAGAAAGGUAUUACUCAGACAUCGGGAAGAUGCCGGCCAUCAGUGACCAGGACAUGAACGCGUACCUGGCUGAGCAGUCCCGGAUGCACAUGAAUGAGUUCAACGCCAUGAGCGCGCUCUCGGAGAUCUUCUCCUACGUGGGCAAGUACAGCGAGGAGAUCCUCGGACCUCUGGACCAUGACGACCAGUGCGGAAAGCAGAAACUGGCCUACAAACUAGAACAAGUCAUAACCCUCAUGAGCUUAGACAGCUGAGAACCGUCCUUCCAGGGCCCCUGGGGGGAGGGACACACCAAGCCGUGCCUCAGUCUAGAUUAUCAUCUUUACCAAGUGCAAGUUCCAACUGGCAUCAGCAGCAUCCCCUGAGCAGCGCUGUCUCUCUCUCCGCCUCUUUCUGUCUCUCCCUCCUCCCUGCGUCCCUUCUCUCUCUGUGGCUCUGCCAACACGAUGGAACCAGGCCACCACCCCUCAGUUAGUCCAGGAUGGCCAGGCUCACGCGGGGACCCGGCCAGAAGAUAUCAGCGGGGCUCUCUUUCCCGGCUGGCCGCAGGCUGACCGCAUCGGAUGGAGGAGAAGCCCCAGAGAGAGGACGCCCCCAUGCCGCUACUCCACCUUCCACACCGGGCCGAGCCUUGGUCUAGGGAAGAGGCAAUGAACUCAGUAUUAGCUUCACCGGGAAGACAUCACCUGGCUUUCUCCCUUCCCCGUAUCCACCUCCAGGGCAUCACCUGGCUCUCUCCCUUCCCCCGUACCCACCUCCAGGGAGUCUGCCAGGGUGUGGGCCCUUUGCAGCUCUGAGAAGAAAGGCCACAGCAACUGUGCAUGGCGGACUGGGGUUUGGGAGGGGGCGAGUUGGGAGGUGCCUUUCGAGCCACCUCUCACCUGUUGGGUUGGCUUCCAGAGGCCACCUUGUCCCCUUGCAGUCUUCUUGGAGCCCUUCCAAGUGCUCCUAGGGACCUGUCUGCCCUGUCCCCUCCCCUGCCUAUGGAAAGCCAGACAGGAGAAUUAGCAGUUACAUGCCACCGUGGAGACCCUCCUAACCUUCGAGUCUGGCUCAGAGCAGCAGAAACGUCACGUGGUGGGGGAGAAAAGGAAAGAGAGUCACAUCCACCCUGGAAGCAGGAUUUGUUGUUUUCCAUUCACCUGUGCACGCAAAUGAAACACGUCCAUAGUCACGGGCCUCAUCCAUUGCCAGAUCCUCGAUGCUAUCUAGAGAAAGCACCUGCAGCCUCCUCGGUCGGCGCUCAUCAAGGGUCAAUGUAAAAUGCAGAGUACAUCCAGGAGAUUCUACCUCCAGCCGCCUUUCUUGGCUCCAUCCCCACCACCCUUCCUGAGAACUUUAUAGAAAGCUGGGGCAGAGAGCUGAGCCCCUGUCCCCCUGCAGAGCCUGGUGCCAUUGCUAUGCAGAAGACUUUGUCCCUGGACUGUCCAGACCUCCUUGGCAAGGACUCCUUCACCAUCCGCUGUCUCUUUAGUCCCUGCCCUUCCUCCCCUCCUCCCCAGUCACCACGGAGAGAACCACGCUCAAGCACAGCCUCACGGAGACAAACCCAAAUGCCAGGCACACUCAGCCGCCAGCUCGCCACGUCCGGGAGGGACCCAAGGACUCAAGCUGAAAGACCUGGCCAACAACGAGAGAAGAGACAUACAACGGACCUCGGCCCUGGCAUCUGUUUCUCCAUCUGUCCUUCCAUCUCUGGAUCUCUCAUUUCAGCCCGUCAGGCAAAUGUACGCGCAGACAUGGGUGAGCAGGGGCUGUGGUAAGAGACGGUCUAAUGGAGGGUCAUGGAAACGUGAAUCUUGAAGGGCCCUUAGUUGCCAUCUGGCUCCAUUUCCCACCCGAAGCCAGAUUCUCUCCUAGCACCCCUGGUGGCUAAUUGUACACCGCUCGGGGGGACACGGAGAAGCAUCAUGUAAGGUGUGGCUGAGAGUGAGCGUUCCCGUCUUGCCUUCACUCCCUGAGCAUCAGAUAGCCGUCCCUGUCAGCCACUCAAAGUGAACCCCAAUUGGAAAGGGGAAGGAACCACUCCAUUUCCAGCAAAGUCCAUGGAGCACCCUGUACUUUUAAGAACUCUGGCCCCUUUGGAUAGGUGUGUGCGUGUGCGUGUGCGUGUGCGCCCGCGCGCGUGCCCCAGGAGCAGGCAGAGAGCUCAAAAGGAUUUCUGGUCCUGUGGAGGGGACCCUGAAGUGAUUCCCUUACUCCACCCUUGCUCACUCAUUCUGUAGCUUGAGGACAUAUCAACACUAGCUUUCUGCACUGAGUGCCGGGGGGCGGGGGGGAGAAGGAGAGUCACCUGUCGGCAGGAAACCAGGCUGCUCAGCACCACGGGAGGCCCGGACUUGACUGGAGGCUGGGUGGAGGUGACCCACAGCAGGGCAGCAUGUGACAUCAAGGAGAGGACAGGUGGGGACAAAACACCAGUAGCCUAACCACGAAAAGAGGAGAAUGGGGGAAAGAUACCCAUCGAGGGGGAAAAAUAACCAAAGGUUUUGGCAAAUGAAGUGCCAGGUGAAGAAGCUUGGGCUUUCUACCCUUGACCCUUUUAUUUCCUCUGGAGAAGCCACGGGCCCUGGCCAGGGAGGAAGCACGGGGGGGGGGGGGGGGGGGGGGGGCAGGCGGAGGAGGCACCGCGGCCACCAAGAUGUAUUUGCACACGUGAGGGGGUGGGGAGGAGAGAGACACAAACAUAUUUAACACAGAUUCGCUGAGUGGAAGCUGAGUGUGUGUGUGAGUGCAUGUGUGAGCGAGUGUGUUUGAUUUAUUUUUUAAGUUUUGCACAGUUAGAAAAAGUGAACAGGCAGAAAAGAAGACUGUUAUCAUGGUUUUGCUGAAGCUUUUAUUUUUUACCGGAUUAUUAUUAUUAUUGUUAUUGUUCCUUUGUCGGUACAGAACGUCCCCCACCUCCACCCCGCCCCUGCCCCCUGUUUUGUCAUAAGAGAAACUUCUCAGAAACCUCAGAGAAACCUCAGUGUCAGGAAGAAAGAGGAGAGGAGAGUCUCCUGGUUCUCCUUUCUCCUGGUUCAGAAGGGGGUUGGGGCAGAUUUUACUUUAAUUGCUGGGAGGGGGGUCGCUGCUGGUGUUUUGUUUGCCGAAGUCUCCGCGACCUGCUUGGGCUAGAGAAACAGGACAGACUCACCCAGGCCUGCAACCCAUCUUGCCCCACAAAAGUGUUCCUUUCUCCGUUCGUUUUCCACUUUUUUCCACUUGGAUUCGCGGUACACGUGUGAUUCAAAGUAAAGACAAGGCAGCAUUUUCAAAAAGCUGUCCUUGGCCCCCCACCCCCGUUCUUUCCAAAACUCCCCUCAGGGUCCACGAUCUCCUCCUGACAGGCCAGAGACCCCAAAAGCUGCCCCAGGGGUGUGGGCACGGGGGCCAGCACACAGCAGAGAAGGGAGCUGGGCAAACGGGUCCUGUGGAAGGGAGGUUCCCCUCAAGGCCUCCGCCCCCGUGGCAGUGAAUUUGCAGGGUCAUAACUCCGUUUAAGGUGGAAUCUUUACCUAACUUCUUGAGUCCCGGGCAAAGAGGAAGAGAGAAAAGGCCCAUCUCCUCUCACCUCCCCCUUCAACCGCCUCCUGCACCCUCCAGCCCUUGAGACCAUCAGGGUCAAAAUGGCACCAGGAGAUCACACAGAAUAACUGACCUAGGUUAGAUGGGGCUUUUGAAUGUAGGAGAGAGAUGGGCUGAAGCCGGGGUGGUGGGAGGCAGGGAGCUUUAUGGGGUCCUGAAUUCAAAAGGACCGAUGGACAGAAGCUGAGACAGAUGGCUGCAGGCAGGUCAUUGCCCUCGGGGGGCACAAGUCUCCCCACAUGUGGGCUUUGCCGUUCUUUGUCCUUCCACGUAAGGAGAGACCCCCGACAUUUCUUGAUAAUGGCAAAUAGUACCACUAAGUGAAGUUGGCUACUAUGUCAGUUAAUUCCUCAGGAAAAUACUUUUUCUUCCUUCUUUCAAUGUGGUUUUAAUUUGGGGGUGGAGGACCGCCUGAGCGUCCACAGGCCAAGGUAGGGUUGCACCCCAGAGCAACAUGCACACCCGGAGUCAACCCGAGAGGCUCCCUCUUGUGAGCCUGUGGGCCGAGGAGUCAGGCCCAAGGUGCCUGAGCAGGGCUAUGGUCCGAGAGAGAAGUCCUUUUCAAUAAUCCCAGAGUAAAGCAGACUAUCCAGGACUGUGCCAGGCAGACGUGGGAGUCGCUGACCAGUAAAGUCGCUGACCUGUCCACUCAGGCCUGGGUCUCACCCCCCAGCCCGAGGCUAUGUCAAGGUACUGCCCCAGCACCCCCUCUCCCCCGACCCGAGGUCUUUGUGCUCGUGUUCCCCUUGCAUGUCUGGCUUCUGAGAGUGUCCCUCCCCCGCAGAGGCGAGUAUGCCCCCUCGUCCCCCUUGCCCACAGCUGCACGCGGAGCCGCAGACCUCACAGCCCAGCCCCACCCCGGGGCAGCUCUAGGCCCCUGUCGCCAGCCCGGCACUGCUUCCCUGAGUGAUUGGGGGGGUCCCUAGUCCCACCUGGGCCCUGGGGAUCCCCCAUCAGAAGAGCCACAAGCAACGGUUUCCCAAAGCAACCUCCACUCCGAGAGGCAAGUCCUGCUGAGGUUUCCAGCACCCUCAACAACCGUGCGCUUUGACCUAACAGGGGAAGCCCUGUUUUCCGUCUCCUCUCUCAGGAAUUAGGGGACACUUCCUUUGGCCUCACAGGAUGUGAAGUCAAAUAUUUAACCUAGUGAAGGUUAAAGUUAAUUAUUCUUAAUCAAGAACAAACUUCCCCACCUCUGAGAGAGCCAGGAGGGAGGGGAAGAGGCAGGGAGGUUCUGCAGGCUGGGGGCCCCAUAGACACCCCUUUCGGGGCCCUUCCAGGAAUGGGCCGCCCCAACAUGUGGUCCCAGCACGGGUCUGAAAGGCCUCCGAGAGGCAUUUCUAGGCAUGAAUAACCUCCAGGUACCAGAGUCCCCAGGAGAAGACCCUGCCCCAGGCCGACCCUGGCUCCUUCCCGGGCUUUUCUCUUGCUCCUAGUUCACGUCAAGGACCUCCUGUCAGCCCCUCACGCCUCCUGUCAGCAUUUAGCUCAGGGGACUGAGGGCCCCUGGCCCCGCAGCCGGUCCCUUUUUCUUUAACCUGUAUGUGGACUGUUUACUUGGAGUUUGAGGUUAUUUUUUGUUUGUAUACGUUAAGCGUUGGAGAUUAAGGAGGGAGCCCAGGUGUGGGUGUCAAGUCCAAACUGCUGGAAGGAAGAAACAAAACUCUUCACCUGUGACUUGCAAGGGAUGAGGAGAGCCUUGGGGCUGAGGGGGGGGGGGGCUCCCCUGUUGUUAAAAAAUGGGUCAGGAUAUUCCCCAGGUGUGGACAUGCCUGGGGAAGCAGCCUCCAUGGCUGCUAAUAUUCUGGGUGCUUCCCGGGCACCUGGGAUGUGGCUAGAACCUGCGACGCUGCCCCUCUCCUCCCACAGGUGUGGCCAACGAGAGCCCUUACAGAUCGGGGAAGCUGAGGUACAGUCACAGGUGACACGGAGAGGCAGCUCCCGGGGGAGGCUGGGAAACCAUGAGCCUCUGUCCUCACGGUGCUCUGAGAGCGGCAAAGCCCUCCGCUGGAAAACAGAGAAAACAUUCCUCCCGUUCACGAAGGAAUCUCUAUAGUAAAAGUUUCAGACUUUCAAGAGAGACCCCCCUUUUUUUUAAACUACAAGUCUUUGCUCCCUGAUUAAAAAAAAAAAAUUUUUUUUUUAAAUUAGGGGAAGUUAUCCAACUUUAUAAAAUAUACAGGAUUUUUUGGUUGUAAAAGUGAUACAUACUCAUUAGAGUCCCAAUUAAAUUCCCUGAGUAGACCGGUGACUACCCCAGCUAAGCAAAGCUAAACAAAACAAGAUCCCUAAUUAAUAAAUGAAAAGAGGUUUCUGUCCUCAUUGGCAGAGGUAGUGAGGUGGGAGGGGGGCCGUAUGCCCUCUGUCCGGUGUGCCCCACUGUCCUUUCUCCUCACGUCCUUUCGCUUUGUCCAGUCUCGGCUCUCUGGGCCGCCCCUGGUGUUGCUGAGCCCCCCUGUAGUCCCCAUCGCUUCCCUCAAUCCGUAGGGAGGCUCAGUUCAGGAUUGGUCAUGGAGGGACCAAGGCCCCUCCCCCGAGAGGGCAAACGCUCAUGGCAAAUAGACACAUUCUAUGCAGCUCAUCUUCUACCAUUUCUUUUUAACUGGAAUUAGAACUUCUUUUGUUAGUGUCUUUGAUCUUAUGACUCAAGCACAUUUUGGAAGGGCUCCCUUCCAAGAGUGGAAUUCAAAACAGAGGAUACAGUUAAAGAGCAGUGCAAAGGACACUUAACCAAGCGCGACCGCUUACCAGAUAGGACUAGUGGAUGCGGUUCAGGCCCGUGACCAAGAUGCGAUACGUGUCUCGUGUGCUCUCCUUUCUCCUCCUUUCCCUGAUGUUCUCCCCAGCCAUUGGCUCGUUAAACCUUCUGUUCUUUAAAAAGAAAAGCUAGUUUACCUCAAAGAAUCUUGUUUCCAUUUGGAAACCAAUGACUUUUGUGUUUUAGAGUAGAUGACCCUCCCCCCACCCAUCACUCCCUGCCUGGGUCUGGUGUCCCUGAGGCCUGAGGUCCUUGCUUAGUCAUGCGAUGGCGAUGCUGAACAAGAACAAGACCCCCAGGCCCCGACAUGGACAGGAAGGAUUGGGUGCAGCUGGCCUCCUCCCCACCUGAGCUGGUAAGGACCAGCCCAUCUCCUCCAGCAGGGUCCUGCCCAGUCACCAUAGUAACCAGCAACUCCAGGGUACCAGCAACAGAGACCGGCUCAGUGAGCCGAGGCGUAGGUGGGGCAGGGUCUGGCCUGGUCACACGACCCAGAGUCAAGUCCGAUGCUGGAGGGAAGAGGAGAAACAGGGAAGGAUGAGUGGGCUGUUUGAGGAACAGGCGGAGGCCUUUGAGUCUCGGCGAGAGGCCGUUGAAGGAGGUAGGGCAGGUCACUCCUGCUCUGGUCACCCCCGUCCAGCCCCAUCCCACCUCUGUUUCCAUAAAGCUCCCACCUUGAACACUGGCCCUUUGUUAGAACAAAGCAAAGCAUAUCUUUAGACAACAGUGUUAUAAUGAGCCUCAAAGAUAGGUGGAUGGACUGUAGUAGAGGAAGAGGGUCUUCUGGUUUUGAUUUUUAAAAAAGAGUAUCCUAGUAAGAUUAAAAAAAAAGAUUUAAAAAAAUAAAGUUUUUAAAAAGGAAACCUAUGCUAUUUAAAUUGGAGCCCAGUUGUAACUUGGUAAAGGCAAGCUUCUGUACCUUUGUUAUAAUUAAUUGUAUACCUGUGUAUGUAAAUAUAAGGCAUUCCUAUUUUGCAGUUCAGAACAAGAAAAAAACCUAUUUGUAAUAUAGAAUAAAGUUUAUUAAAAAAUAAUAAAAAUGCA